CCAGUUUUAGUUUUCAUGGUUUUACUGCAAGUAGCCUAAGGUGUCAAUUAUUAUUUUCUCCAGCAGUGCAAUUACUUUGGAGGAGUUGCUUCAAGCCGUGAAAUCAGUCACAGGUUGCACUGUUUUGCAGCGUCUCAGAGCGAGGGUCUUUGGUGAGAGCGGUUCACUGUCGCUGUCGGACCAGUUUGUUUACCUCAUUGUGCGUUGACAUUGCGUCGUCAGACACAUAGGCUAGACAUACUAGAGCUUGAGUGCCUGAAUUUAAAUCAUUUUUGGCCGACUGUACAUGCAGAUUGCGUUUAGUUUAGCAUGGUCAAGCAAUUGUUAUAAAGGUUGUAGAGACCAAAGUGCGUGGGGAAAAAAUGGAGAGAGAAACGACAUCUUUGAAGCAGCAAUAUUGCUGCACAACUGUUAUGAACGUUAUCUCGUCUUUAUUCUCUGUAGCGUCCCUUGCCUUUUGCAUAUUAUUAAGUGUACAAACAUCAGCGAUCGCGGACAGGGUCCUGGAUUUGGAAACUGGACAUGGCGAGCAAAUCUUUCACAGGGUCCCCAGUUUUUCUGUGGAUCAGUUUAAUUCAUUGAUUCAAGAGAGAGUGGAUGAGCUCCUGUCACAGCGCUCCUAUGAAAAUUUAUCGAAGGUACGGAUUGCCCGACAAGUUAGCCAUACUCCUGAUUGCAACUGUCCCCCAGGCCCGCCAGGAAAGCGGGGAAGAAGAGGCCGGAAUGGCGAACCUGGACCUCCUGGUCCUCCUGGUCUUCAGGGUGACAAGGGGGAUCAAGGCGACCAAGGACCGCGGGGAUUGCCUGGUCUCCCUACACUGGCUGCUUUGCACAGCAAUCAGAUCCUGACUGUCAAGAUGGUCUUCCCUAAGAUCAAUCAUGGCUUUCUUUCUGCUGACCAGCAGCUCAUAAAGCGGCGGCUUAUUAAGGGAGAUCAGGGUUCGGCAGGUCCACCAGGGCCUCCUGGACCCCCAGGUCCCCCUGGCCCCCGAGGGCCACCAGGGGACACAGGCAAGGAUGGGCCCCGGGGAGUGCCAGGUCUGCCGGGAGAUCCUGGGACCCCAGGAGAGCUAGGACUAAUGGGACCUGAGGGGCCACCAGGACAAAAGGGUUCCCUCGGGCCUCCUGGCAUCCCAGGUGUUGAAGGGCUGAAGGGUGACAUGGGAGAAGAUGGGCAAAAAGGUGACGUCGGGGAGAAGGGUGAUGCAGGCUCCUCUGCUGCAGGCAUUAAGGGUGAACCAGGAGAGUCAGGACGUGGGGGAUCAAAGGGAGAGCCAGGACUUCCAGGGCUGCCUGGACUUCCCGGGAUUAAGGGUGAGCCUGGAUUCCUAGGACCUCAGGGAGAACCAGGGCUCCCAGGACUACCGGGAACCAAGGGCGAGCGAGGGGAACUUGGCCCACCAGGCAAGGGAGAGCGGGGCGAGCCUGGACAGGCCGGUCAAAAGGGGGGGGCAGGAGAGGCAGGGAACCCAGGCCCUAGAGGUUCAAAGGGAGAGACAGGAGACAAGGGAGACCUGGGCUCUAUGGGACCAUGGGGACCCCCUGGGCAGAAAGGUGACCAAGGAGCCACUGAAAUCAUUGAUUACAACGGGAACAUCCAAGAAGCUUUACAGAAGAUUACCACUAUUACAGUGACGGGUCCCCCUGGGCCUCCUGGACUAUCAGGACCAGCGGGAAUCAAGGGAGAUCAAGGCAUGCCUGGCCUCCCUGGACUGGACGGUGAAAGGGGUUUCAAAGGUUCCAAAGGAGACAUGGGAAUCCCUGGCACAUCUGGAGAUAAAGGAACUGUUGGUUUACCUGGUUUACCAGGUGUCAAUGGAUUGAAAGGAGAUAAGGGUGAUUCUGGUCUGCCUGGUCCCGAAGGGCCCUCAAUUAUUGGCCAACCUGGAGCACCUGGGCCCCAUGGCCCCCCAGGCCCCAUGGGACCCCAUGGCUUCCCUGGACCAAAGGGGGAGGCUGGGAAUCAUGGUCUGAAGGGAGUACGCGGGGAGUCAGGGCACAAGGGAGACAGAGGACCCCUGGGCCUCCCCGGAGCCUCCGGCUUGGACAGCAAGCCUGGAAUUAGGGGUAUGGACGGGCCUGUUGGUUCCUCCGGUCCAGCCGGGCCAAAGGGGGACAGAGGUGAGAGAGGAGCUGCAGGUGAACUCGGGCCAAGGGGACCUUAUGGACUUCCUGGAGCAGCUGGAACACCUGGCCUUGAUGGGUUGCCAGGCUUAAGGGGAGAGAAAGGCGACCCGGGGGAAAGAGGAGAAAAGGGGGAGAAGGGAAAGAAGGGGAAAAAAGGGCCUAAGGGGGAGAAAGGAGAACAGGGUGCCCCUGGAUUAGAUGCACCCUGCCCAUUGGGGUUCCGGGGCUUUAAGGGUGAAAAGGGAGAACCGGGGCAACCUGGUCUGGAUGGGCUGGAUGCCCCGUGCCAAUUGGGCCCAGACGGACUACCAAUGCCUGGUUGUUGGCAAAAGUGAUCAAUCUAACCCGAAAGCAUGGUUUGUAAAAAAAAAAAUUAAAAAAAAUUGUUGUUGGGGUAUUUAUAAUUAUUUUUAGUGGAAAAUAUAAAAUAAAGAAACCUAUGUGUACAACGAAAAAGAGCAAAGGUCCAUCACUCCUAACUGCUUCUACUCACCUCGCUCUGUGUCACUCUCACAUCCGCAUCUUGGAGUCCAGAUCUUUGGCAAUCGGCAGAACUUGCACACACACAAUGAUGUUUAGUCCCAGUCCUUGCAUGACCAGAGUGCUCGGGCACAGAUUGGAACGUCAUGGCUAAUUCGGAUUCAAGGGGAGUAAGGAGGUUGUGACAACAGAGGAUGAGGAGAAGGAGGCGUUGGAGGGAUCUGAACUGGCUCUUAACAGCUCUAGCUCUCGCAUUCACCAUACAUUAAUGCCAUACUACUAGCUUAAAAGACUCCAUCCCAACAAAACACACGCCCCAAAAAGCAUGAUGACUGUCCUAAACUAUAUUUAUAUGUAUUAAUAUACAUAUUUCAUUGAUGUGGUCGAAUUGUAUGGCUUCAGCAAAACACUAUCUGGCUGUCAUUCUUACAUACUCAAAAAAGAAAGCUCAACAUUUUUGGUUUUAUUUGUUCCUUUUUCUUUUAAUGUUCCAAAGGGAGUCACGCCUUGGCUGGUGGCUUGAAAAGAAUUGUUCCCCAGGAAGUAAAGUUGGGUUGAUUUUCUUUAUUGUGGUGAGAUCUGGUCAAUAGAUGCAGGUCUUCACAGAUGCACUUGUCUUGAGUCCCAGGGCCCUUUCCCUGUCAACGGCCACUUGUUAUUGAACUUGGAGAAGAGUGUUAGAGCUCAAUGCACUGUGCACAGCCAAUCGGAAAUGAGCUAGGCUGACAAGGACUUCAGAUUGAACAGACUUGUUUGGGAUCCCUUGGAGUAGGGGAGACAGUGGGCCUCGGCAGAGAGAUUACAAUCAUCUCUCCUGCCAAUCAAGGAGUGCCUGCCUGUAACAAUGUUGCAGUCACAACACUACAAGGUCAAGAGGGUCAAUGGAAUUCUGCCUUUUUAGUUGAAGUUUGUUUUUCUACUUACUUUAAAAAAAAGUUGUAUGUAUAAUAGCCUUUGGUGCCUCAAGCUUUUGUUCAUUCCUUUCCUUUUUAACCUGCUUUGAGUAAUUGGAAUGGUGUUUAUUGCGGAAUGGCAACCUCUUGUAAAUUGUUGAAGUAUAAAAGCACCUAUUUUGCGCACUGUUAGUAUGUAUUAAACGUUGAUAUUACUGGGUGUUAAUAAUAUGGCAUGUACAUUAUGUAUUCAAAUGAACAUAAGCUUCUGUGUAACAGAAAGGGAAUUUCAGUUGGUAGCAAAGAUGAUUACACAGCAUCAGCUUUUACACUGAUUUGCAAACACCAAGUUUUAUAAUAUUAUAAUAACACUUGUUCAUUGCUGGCCAUUAAGUGGAAAAUACAGUCGGUGAGUUACAAUGUGCUUCACUGCAAGUUUAUUGUAUCUUUACAUUUAAAUGCAGUGUUUAUUUUCAGCAAUAUGUGUGCAACAAUAAGAUUUUUUAACAUUAUGACCUGGUAAUUCAGUGUGGUACAUUUGCAGGUAAAAAUGCCUUUCGGAAAAAUGCAUCAUUUUUUACUAGAUAAUUAUUGUUUUUUCCAAAUGUCAAACGGCAGUUUGCCUCAACUGGAUCAUGUCUCUACCACAUGCAGCAUUCUUCCUUUUCUCUCUCUCUCUAUAUAUAUAUCUAUUUUUUUUUACGCAAUGUAAAUGGUGUAUUACAUGGACAGGCUCAAUAGGUAACACAUUUCAUUUCAGUUGAAUGGCCCUGCUUCCAUUUGUAACCCAUAAUUGUAUUCAUUGCCAUUUACAUCACAUUCCAUAGCAAUUUGGAAAUAAAAUUGAGCCUGUUUCUUAAUUUCAUAAUGCCAAGGAUGUCCUAAUUCUAACAAUGCCCUUAUGCACAGUGAUAUUUGAUGCAUAAUGCUAUUUGGAACAGUUAUUGUAUGAUUAGGAAUCAAUUAGUACAAUAUGUGCCGGUUUCCCAGACACAGAUUAAGCCUACUCCUGGACUAAAAAGCAUUUUCGAUGGAGAAUCUCUAUUGAGCAUACUUUUUAGUCCAGGACUAGGCUUAAUCUGUGUCUGGCAAACUGACCCUCUAGCCCCAUUUAUACCUGGUUCUAACUUGCGUCCUUUGUCCUGAUCUUGUCCACAUUCUGAUUGUGCCCACAUUUUUUAAUAGGUGUAGACAAUUAAAAUGAUGAUCCAUUGUGAUCAGAUCAUCCUGCCAACCUCUGGAGGCGUUGUGUCUGGAUAUCUUACAAGUGUAGACAGAUCUGUACAGAGAGACCAAUUAAAUUGUACAUUUUCCUGUAAAAUCAUUGACCGGUGGCACCAUUGAUUGAUUACAUCAAUAUGUGUCUUAAAAUAAAUAAACACAUAUUAUUUUUAAAGAAUAACUGUGAAACAAUUUCCAUAAAGGAAGGGGCCAGGAAAUCUGGUCACAAUGCAGGCACAGUGGACGGAUAACAGACACAUUUUAAUACAAUGUGUAGACACAUUUCUGGAAAUGUGGGCACAAUCAGAACGUAGACAAGAUCAGGACAAAGGACCCAUGUUAGCACAAUGUAUAAAUGGGGCUUAUAUGUAAUAUCAGCACAUGUCCACUCUAUAAAUGUGAUAUUUUUGUUGUUUUUGUGACAAGUUUGACCACUCCACCCCAACUGUACAGGGUUAUCAGCUAUGUCACAAAGUAAAUAGUAUGCGUUUGAACAGUAGGUCAUCUGUUACAGUGUGGUGUCAUUAUGGUGCUAUCAUCUUGUUAGAAAAAUCUCUAAAGAGUAUUACCUAUCCAUGACAACCAUAAGACAACAGAGGUUUCUUUAUCAUUUUUCAUGUAACAGUUUAAAACAUUUUGUGCAUAUACUUUUUAUAUUUGUCUCACUAUUUUAAGUGUUACAUUAUUUAUUUUUGUAUUUUUCUUAAAGAAGGCAUUUUGGUUUUUAACAGGCAUUCCUUAUAAAAUGGGGGUAGCUUUUGAAGGUCCUGAUACCGUUUUUUUCAGAUUUUGUCUAUUAUAGUGGUGCAUUGUCAUUGAGAUGUCACACAAGUACAUUAGAUGUGAAGGAAGUUUGUCAUUAUCAUCAAAUUGAUGUAUUGGUCAGGUAUUUACAAUGCUAGUUCACUCCCAAUUUUGCAGGCCUUACCUUGGCAUGCAAUUGUAUUCAUAAAACAAGAAAGUGUUGAUGGGCUUGGCUAAAAUGUUGUCUGUCCCUGACAAGCAGCAUAAAUAUGAUAAUAUUGUUCUUUCUCUAUUUCUCUCUUUGCAUUGAAUGUAGUUUGAAUGUAGUAUGUAUAGUGAAUUAUAAAUGUGGAGUUUAAUAUCUGCUUAUUUGACAAAAGUGCAAUUUAUGCUUUGGUUGAUAUGUGCAGCAUCAGAAUGCAGAUUAAUAACAGUUACAUACAUUUAUUAUCAGGACAAUAUGUUAGUCAAUUUGUCUCCCAUGAAAAGUACCACUACACUGGCUUAGAAAAAAUACAAAUGUUUUGAUUGACAAGUUACAUUUUUAGUUACAAACUUGUAAAUAUAGGCUUUCUUGUUAUCCAUAUUUUUAAGGCUUGAUUUGAAUUGAUUUAUUGUAGCCUCAAUUGCUGUCCACAAAUCAUUUGCUCUUAAGUUGUUAGAAGUGUGAUAGAAAACAUAUAAUUUGUCUAUGAUUUGGUCUGUCUUUUAUUUAGAACCUUCGUAAGAUUUUGUACUACGAUGGUGCUGUGUCUUCAGUUAACGUACAGCUGAUUCUUCUUUGUAUCUUUGUAUCUUUGUUCAAUUAUAUAUUAUGAAGUUACACACAUUUAAAGGCUGGUAGUGGUUGGUCCCCACAUAGUUGAUACACACUUCUUUAACCCACCAAGUACCAGGCACCCACUUUUCAACACCACUUUUUUUUUUUUUAGUGGCAAAUUUACCAGAGCCCUUUUUUCUGACAUAUAUACUGACAUUUCUUUUAACAUCCUCCUUACACUAUAGCCUGUGUCCCUCAGUGCAGUAAUGCAACCUAAUAGAAGCUGGAAAAGUAAAGAUAUAACUUCAAUUGAACAUAGUCUAAGUAUUCUAAAACGUAAAUGCAAUAGCUAAGUCCAUCUCACAGGUUUUGAAUAACUUACAUUUAAUUUCUGUUAUGUUUUUUUUCCUAUUCUGCAUUUGUAUCACUCAUUUUUUACAAGUUUGCAAAUGAAUACAAUUUGCUUUCAGAUUAUGGAUACUUCUGCACGCAUUAUUUCAAAACCAUUUCAUAUGACUGUACUGUUGGAGCCAAAUAAAUGCAGUCUUUCAAAUAA